AUGACUAGGAUAGUGGUAAUUGUUGCUUGGUGUUUUCUGCAAGUGGAAGGCAGGCAUCCAGAAACCCUCCCCAGUCACCACAACAGUGGCAAUUUCUUGGACAACGACAAGUGGCUGAGCACCGUUUCGCAAUAUGAGAAAGAUAAAUACUGGAACAAAUUCAGGGAUGAAGUUGAGGAUGAUUAUUUCAGAAACUGGAACCCAAACAAACCAUUUGAUCAAGCUCUUGAUCCAUCCAAAGACCCAUGUUUGAAGGUAAAGUGCAGCCCACAUAAAGUGUGCGUCACUCACGACUAUGAGACUGCUAUUUGUGUAAGCCGUAAGCAGCUGGUACACAGCCUUUGGCAAAAGAAAGGAAACCUGGCCCCGAAACAUUGGAUUGGACCGGCCAAUUUAGUCAAGUGCAAGCCAUGUCCAGUGAUGCAUGCCAGCCCUGUCUGUGGCUCUGAUGGACAUACUUACACUUCCAAGUGCAAGUUGGAGUUUCAUGCUUGUACUUCUGACAAAACUAUCGCAGCGCGAUGUGAGGGGCCCUGCCCAUGUCUUCCAGGACAAGAAAGCCCAAAACACAGGGCUGAGAAGACUGCUUGCACAGACAAGGAACUGAGAAGUCUUGCUUCCCGACUAAAAGAUUGGUUCGGUGCUCUUCAUGAGGAUGCAAAUCGUGUCAUUAAACCAACAAGUUCGGACACAGCACAAGGCAGGUUUGACACCAGCAUACUACCAAUCUGUAAGGAUUCAUUAGGCUGGAUGUUCAACAAACUGGAUAUGAACUAUGACCUCCUGCUGGAUCACUCAGAGAUCAAUGCAAUUUAUCUCGAUAAGUAUGAGCCGUGCAUUAAACCCCUCUUCAACUCAUGUGACUCCUUCAAAGACGGAAAGCUUUCUAACAAUGAAUGGUGCUACUGCUUUCAGAAGCCAGGAGGUCUCCCUUGCCAGAAUGAAAUGAACAGGAUUCAAAAGCUAAGUAGGGGGAAGAGUCUGUUGGGUGUUUUCCUUCCACGGUGCAAUGAAGAAGGAUAUUACAAAGCAACUCAGUGUCAUGGAAGUACAGGGCAAUGCUGGUGUGUUGAUAAGUAUGGAAAUGAGAUCGCCGGCUCAAGAAAACAAGGGACCGUUAGUUGUGAAGAAGAGCAAGAAACCUCGGGGGAUUUUGGCAGUGGUGGAUCUGUUGUAUUACUGGAUGAUUUGGAACAGGACCGUGAAGCAGCGAAAAAGGACAAAGAAGGGAAAAUGAAGAUUCAUGUAAGAGCGGCUAAUGAGGAUGAUGAAGAUGAAGAUGAUGAUAAGGAUGAUGAAAUUGGUUAUAUAUGGUAG